CCUGACACAAGCACGCAAUUGAUUCGGUCAUCAUCUCAAGAUCUCACGCAGCUACCAGGUGGACAGCUUUCAAGUUUCAUGCGAGCGAGAGCGUCCGCCUCCUCUGAAUCUGGUUCCUAGCCUUUCAAAACAGCUGAGCUGGGGCCCGGGCUGUUGCGCUGACUGGACGGGCAAGGAAGUUGGACGCUCGUGGACUUUGGCCAUGCAGGUGGAGGCGGCCCAAAGCAAGAAGGUUGUGGUCCUCUUUAGAGCAACUGGGGAUGCCCCUAUUUUGAAGGUCAGCAAGUUUAAGAUUGGGGCUGCAGAGAGGUUUGCUAAAGUUAUAGAGUUCCUUCGGAAGCAGAUUCACAGGGACACUCUGUUUGUGUAUAUCAACAGUGCAUUCUCGCCCAAUCCCGACGAGCUCGUGGCAGACCUGUUUGACAACUUUGCCCUGGAGGGGAAGUUGGUCGUCAACUACGCAUGCUCCCUUGCUUGGGGUUAGCUGCACCGCAGAGGGACAGCUGUUCGAAGCAUUGAAGCAAUAAGAGCACUCAAGGUUGAGAGUAUGAGCUUCUUUCAGCGACAGCCGCCGCAGUUAGCUAGCAGCCCGUUCUCCUCGAGCAUCUUUGGUAAUAUUAGCUUGUUAAGUCAGCAGCAGCAGCAGGAGGCUAGUAGGGCAUUCCUUGGGGAGUCGAAGGUCAUGGAUUCGGAUAUGAGGCUCCAGUCAAUGGAUGAGACGCUCAGUGACAAUGAGCAAGAUGAUUCUCAGAGCGAUAAGAUGCCUCAGACAGUUUCGGACUUCUUUGGGCGGGAGCGGCGGUUGGCACAGAACAGAGAGGCUGCCCG